AUGACACAAACCCACAAGCCAACAGGCAUCAGUCUGCCGAACUCGGAGCAGUUUUACCUCUCCAACGCCCGUGGCGAGCAGUACCUGAUCCAAAUAUCGUGGCCACUACACUGGAACCAGCAUGAGCCGGACACCGACCGUACUCACCUUCCUAUCAUAUACAUCGUCGACGGCAACGCCCUCUUCCUAACAGCAACAGAAGCCCUCUGGCGCCGCCCCGUAGAUCCACACUACGCCGGCGGCGGCAUAAUCGUCGCUAUCGGAUACCCUCUCGCAGACACAGGGAAGGUCUUUCACCUUUCCCGGCGGAGUUUCGACCUGACACCCCCGACUGAUAAGCCGGUAGAAGGGUGCGGGGGCGCGGACAUCUUCCUUGAUUUCAUACGCGACUCUGUGCGUCCCGCUGUGAAAGAGCGGUUUCCCAAAGUCAGUAUAUCGAGGGAGGCGCUGUAUGGACACUCUUUUGGGGGGUUGUUGGCGCUGCAUGCGCUCUUCACCCGCCCGGGGAUGUUUGAUGCGUAUAUUGCGAGUAGCCCGUCGAUUUGGUGGAACGAGAAGUGUAUUCUGGACGAGGCGAGGAAGUUUAUUGAGAAGAUAAAGGAGGGCAAGGCGAAGGAUGUGAGUGAGAAACUGCCGACGUUGAUGAUGUAUCUGGGUGGGCUGGAGCAGGAUCCGCGGUGGAGGGAUGAUGAGCCGGACGACAAGUGGCAGGACAGGCAGCGUAUGGCGGAGAUGUUUAAUAUGAGGAAUAACGUGCGGGAGCUGGUGGAUUUGAUCAAAGGCGCGAGGCUGCAUAUGAGCUUUGACGAGUAUGCCGGCGAAGACCACGGGACUGUCAUGGCUUGUUCGAUGAGCAGGGGGUUGACGACGUUCAUGGAGUGGCCGGUGCUGAGAAAUAAAGAUUGA